AUGAACAUUUUUGAACAAACUGUACAAUAUAAAGAUGGUCGAUAUAUAGUUGAACUGCCAUUCCGUAAACUCUGGAAAGAAUUAUCGAAUAACGUUUGCGCUGCAAGACAACGAUUUCGUAAUUUGUGGAGAAGAUUGCGGUUCGAUAAAGAACUAUAUUCUCAGUACCAAAAUAUCAUUCGGGACUAUUUAGAUCAAGGAAUAAUCGAAGAAGUAGAGAUUUCUGAAUCAAACUUUGAUAGAUCCUUGUUCUAUUUACCACAUCAGGCCAUUAAAAAGGAAGGUCGUGUUACAACUUCAACUCGAAUAGUGUUUGACGCAGCAUCUCACCUGGUGGACGAACUUUCAUUGAAUGACUGUUUAUGGCCAGGUCCAAACCUUUACCCUAACCUUUUCAAAAUACUUAUCUACUUUAGACUAAGCCGAGUGGCUAUUUCAUCAGAUAUUCGUCAGGCUUUUUUGCAAAUUUACAUUGCGGAUAAACAAAAGGAUACAGUACGAUUUCUGUGGACAGACAGUGAUCCUCGUUUAGGCUCAAAACCAAAACUUCGAAUUUAUUGUUUCAAGAGAUUACUUUUCUGA